CCACUGGCAAUGCCUGCUUAACAGUAAUGUAUAAAAAAGGAGCUAAACUGAUGAUUCCUGUUUUUGCUCUCACCUUUUGGAAGAAACAGAAAUAGGACACUGAAGAGCUUUAACAAAGUCCGGCUGCAUCUGUUCAUUAUCUGUGUUUUAACCAGAUUAAUCACCACCGAUCUGACCUUUGCCCUCAUCAGGGAGGUGACAUUUGGAUAAACACAACAGCUGGAUUAAGAUUAGAUUAGAUUACAAAACAUGAAAAUUACAAAAUUAACACUGAGCACAUCUGCCUCCUCCAAAAAAAAUUACAUUAUUUGCACAAAAAUGUUUUGUUGCUUUUGUUAUAUAAACUGAUCAAUAAUCAGACUUAGAAAUACAGCAUUAUGGAGUUGAAUGAGUUCAAAGUGCAGAUGUUGAUCUUUAAUAUGAACAUUAUUUAAAUCUGUUUAUGAAGUGCAGCAUUUUGUGUGUUUGUAACUGUCAGAAUGGUGUUAAAUCACCUCGCGGUCUUCUGACGUCUCCGUUUUUUCUUGCCACAAUGGCAGAUCCUGUAUGGAUCCACAUUAACACUGGAUGUUCUUCCAGAUGUGUGAUGGAGAACGAGCGCACCAGCUGCAUCCUCUGUGCACCAGUGUAGUCAUGCUGCUCAACACCAAAGAGUUAUUUACACCAUUAUGAAGUUAAUUUGACACGUUUGUCAGUUUUUAAUCAACAUUAUUGACUUACAUUCCUGAUGUUUUUCAUGGGAUGGUUUAAAACCCGGAGUUUGUAAGGAAACUGUUUUGACUUUUUUGGCAUCAAAGUUGAUUUUUCUAAAUCUGCCUUAUGAUGUCACAAAGGGUAUUCUCUAUUAGUUACAGAUAUGUGAACAGUGUCUUUUUCUGAAUCUUUUUGUAAAUAAUUUAAAGCAACAAUUUUGUUCAAAAUCUAAAAUCUCCAUGUUUUGCUGAGACUGAAGGGUUUUAGUGGGUGUGCACAGAGUAUGCAACGUUACAUGAGGAAGAUGGUAUUUAAAACUUUAAGCCUCCAGAUGAGCCUCUGUCAGCUUUAGACGACAUCCGCCUGCUUGCGUUUGUGCUCGUUUCGUGCACAUGUGGAUUAUGUCACUUGUCUGACCAGUCGACUCAUGCAGUAGCAAUCAUGUUGACCCGCCUCAGGGCCCGCAGCACAAGUUUGUUCCCAGGGUACAAAACCGGCAGCCAGACCCAAGCUGGCAAAGAGCCGCCUGACGAUGUGGACUUCACCAAGAUGUCAGUGAAGCCCUGGAACUCCAUGCAGGUCAGACAUUUAUCUUUAUAAAAUUUAAAAUUUUUUCCUGUUUACUUCAGGAAAAGAGCUCUUUGUCAAGAAAACUCAACUUCAGUGGAUUUCGCUUGAAUGAUGGAUCUUAUCCAGAUCUGUUUAUCUAUUUAUUCUUGUGCUUUUAGAUUUAACUGCUGAAUUUGACACAAUGGACCAUGAAACCACCAUCUCUCGCUUGGAACAGUGGGUGGGCAUCAGGGGCAUAGUGGUCGAGUUGUUUAUUAGCAGACCAAAGUUUCUGUGUCAGCCUUGGCCACUCUGUAUCCUCCUCUGCUCCUCUCUCAUGUGGGGUCCCGCAAGGCUCAGUUUUAGGCCCUCUCCUUUAUUCCCGCACUUGGUUUUAUAAGUAUGAAGCAGGGUAUUCUUUUCCACUGCUAUGCGGAUGACUGUCAGAUGUAUGUGCCCCUUUAAAAAAAAUGAUGUACACUCUGUUACUUCUUUAUUGAAGUGUCUUGAUGACAUAGAAGCCUGGAUGGCUUUGAAUUUUUUAAAUUUUAACAAGAAAACUGAAGCAAUGGCUUUUGGUGGCACCACUGGGAACCCCCAACUUUUAGGAUGGAUCUGGGUAAAAAGGGCAGAACCAUAAUUUACAUAUGUAUGAGAGAAAAGAGAUGAGCCUUUCGCCUGAUGAAAAUAUUAUGAGAACAUUUAAAAAAAAAUAAAUUAAUAAUAAUACUGGAAAAAGUCACCUGGGAACCUGUAAGACUGUAUGGUACAAAAGCCUAAAGUAGCUGAGAGUUUCUGUGUAAACUGGACUUUUAGUGUGUCCAAUCUGGUCCUUGUGAUGGUGUUUUUUGUGUGUGUGUAUGAAGGAUCUGUGCAGAGACAUUUACGAUCUUUACGCUGAGUACGAAUAUGAUGAAGAGGAAGAUCGAUGCCCAACGUUUCCAUCGCUGCUUCCCGCCACCAAGCAGCGCGCGCUCAACAUCAACGUGUACCACAUGCCCUAUGUUUUAGCCACUAGAUAUCCAAAAACACGGCUUGGCUGUGUGGCCACAUCCUCGGACCACAGCAGGAAACUGGACCUUUGUGAUGACUACAUUGUCCAGAGGAACGAGUUCUUCUUUGACCGGGACCCCCAACUGUUUCACACCAUCUUCAACUUCUACAGGACCGGGGUUCUGUGGAUUAAAGAUGAGCUGUGUCCAAGGAGCUUCCUGGAGGAGAUAAACUACUGGGGCGUCAGGAUCAAAAAUGCCCAACGCUGCUGCCGGAUCUCCUUCGAAGAGCGACAGGAUGAUCUGAACGAACAGCUGAAGACACAGAGGCUGCUGAUGGAGGAAAUGGUGACUGAGGAGAACGAGGCAUUAUUUCACAGCAUGGCAUACGGGCCAACCAGGAGGAACAUCUGGAAUUUGAUGGAGAAGCCGUUCUCCUCGAUCCCUGCCAAGUUGAUGGCGGUUGCCUCUUCAUUCUUCGUGCUGGUGUCACUGGUCACCAUGACGCUGAGCACUGUGGGGGACAUGCACUACAAGACGGCAUCAGGCCGGCUCAGCGGCAGGUUCUACGGUGAACACCUUGAGACGUUCUGCAUUGGCUUCUUCACACUGGAGUACUUUCUUCGAUUGAUCUCGACUCCUGACCUGAAGCAGUUCGGUCACAGCGUGCUGAACACUGUCGACCUGCUCGCCAUCCUGCCACAUUAUCUACAGAUGAUGCUAGAGUGCUUUGAGGACAAAGAUUUACAGAUGUAUUCAGAGGACAUAGAGACCGUAGGGCGUGUUGGGAAGGUGGGUCAGGUUCUGAAGAUUAUGCGUCUGAUGAGGAGCUUCCGGAUUCUAAAGCUGGCUCGUCACUCCACAGGUCUCAGAGCUUUUGGGUUCACACUCCGACAGUGUUACCAGCAGGUCGGCUGUUUGCUGCUCUUCAUCUCCUUGGGGAUCAUCACCUUUUCGGCCAUGGUGUUCACAGUGGAACACGACGUCCACAACACAAACUUCACAUCCAUUCCGCAGGCGUGGUGGUGGGCGGCGGUGAGUAACACUAAGGUCUUGUUCCCAUUUAGCCUUCAGGAUCCUGUAUCAUUUUCUUCAUGUUUGAUGUUUGGGACUGUGGUCUUGUGUUUCCCGGUGGUCCUUCUCCAGGUCAGCAUCUCCACGGUGGGAUACGGUGACAUGUUUCCAGAAACUAACCUGGGCCGUAUCUUCGCCUUCGCCUGCUUCUCCUUUGGCAUCAUCCUUAAUGGCAUGCCCAUCUCUGUCCUCUACAACAAGUUCUCUGACUACUAUGCCAGGCUCAGGAUCCGUGAGUGCACAGAUGCCACCAAGGUCCGCGGGAAACUUCACUUCGCCAGGCGCACGGUUAAACGGGUCAACAAGUGCUGUGAAGGCAUCAAACUCAGAAGUACCUCUAAGAAAUGAGAAACUUACUAAGACUGUAAAAUGUACACACAGGAUGAGUUUUUUGGCUUCCAUGUAGCGCCACCUUCAGGAUAGACUGCUUUUUCACAGUUUAGAGAGGUUUAUUAUUCACCAUCAUCUUUAUUUUGUAAAAAAUUUUCUGUUUUUCUGUCAGUCUGUAAAAACGGAGCAUCAGAAAAUAUUUAAGAAAAUAUUACAGCAUUUUCCGAGUAGCUUAAUCCCAACC